AUGUCUUUGAAUGGGCUCGAUAGUGCCCCCGUCGUGGAAGCCUACCAGAGUGCCCUGGCCGACGCGGGUGGGUGGUUUCUACUACACUAUGUUGCCAGAGAUGAAGUUGCCCUCCACGAACGAGGCAACGGCGGGGUGCCCGAAAUCCGGAAUGCCAUUGACGGCUACGAGGAAUGCUCGCCGCUCUAUGGCUUCCUUCAAUACCGGCGCAGAAAAGUGAUCAUCCGCUACAUGCCGGAGGGGUUGUCUCGGCUCAUACUAGCCCGAAGCAAUGUCCAAUUCCAGUCCGUGACCGAUAAGUUCAGCCCAAACGACACCGUACUUCCUCUGUCGAAAGCCUCCGAUCUCACCGAAAGCGCCUUGUCCUCCGCGUGUCUCCUUCAUACCGCUUCGACUUCGAUCACCUCUUCUUCAAGUUCUCUUCGACGCCGCCGGCUGAUGGAAAUCACGGAAGAUGCCGAGGAAAAUGGCACAAAGGAUGAAGAUCCGAAACCAGUCCCACCUCCCCAGUCGGAGGCCCGCCGUACUCCAAGGAGCGUCAAGUCGGAAGCUACCCUAGUGCCGUCGCCCAUUGAACCCCCCGUGGAACCGGAACUACCUCCAACAUCACCAGAAAGCGAAAAAGCGUACCGGGCUAUCUUGGAUGAAUUCCCCCGUCCUUCAGAAGAGGCCCGGUUGUCCACACAAUCCUCCCGCCCCUCAAUUCGAGAUUUGGAACGGGCUGCGGGAUACACCCCAAAGGUUAAGCUGGGACCUCGGCCGUCCGUAGAUAGCAGUGGAAGACCCCGCACAGCAGGCAGUACUCGAAAUGCAGACCAACGCCCUGUUGCGUCCCUGCCGACGAAUAUGCGAUCUUCUUCCGUGCGGAAGCAAAACGGUGAUGCGCCCCGCCCUCGAUCUCAGGGGAGCACUUUCGCAACCAAACCCACUAGUCGUGUGCCGCCAGUCCCACCUUUGCUGGUCCCACCCCCUUCUAUUCCUAUUUCGAGACCUCAACUUUCCCCUGGGGCCAAAUCUCUUGGAGCAUUGUCGACCUCCUCGGGAUUGACCCCUGAGAAAGAACGUUUGAUGAAGGCUCUGCAGCAAAGAAGGAAGAAUAUGGCCAAGCGUGCGGAGGAAACGAAGAUGAAGCAGGUCUCUGAGGAAAGGGAGCUCAAACCAGUUAAGGAUAUUGCCGAGGAUCCGGAUGACGAUAAAGAGAAUCUCAUUCAGAUCCACUAUCCUGAUUCUGAGAUGCUGCUGUCGGAGCCUGAGACAAUUCAACAAGACCAACCGGAGUUACCUUCGGCCAAUUCAGUGCCUCCUGAGCCCGCCCCUGAGCUUGUUCCCGAGUCUAGACUUGAACCCGCCUUCGAACCCGUUCAUGAUCCCAUUCCUGAACUUGCCCCCGAACCCGUUCCUGAGACCACUGUUGACUCCGCUCCUGAGCCUGCCGUCGAGGCAGUUGCUGAGCAAAUUCCUGAACUUGCUUCUGAGCCUGCUGGUCCAACUUCCGAAGCUGUCCUCGAACCAGUAGCCGACCCGAUUGUCGAGUCUGCUGUGACACUUGAGCCAGAGCAGCAUUCUGAGCCCCUUGAGACUGAAUCAGAGCCGAUCUCUGAUCCUUCUCCUGCCAAAGCUGAGGAUAUGCCAUCCUUACCUGCGGGAAUAAGUGCUACACCUUCAGAGACUGUCAAGGCAGGAACACUGCAGCCACCCCCUGAGGAUGAGACACGCACUGAGCACGAGGACUCCGCAAUCCCUGCUGUCGCCCCACCUACCUUUAAUCCUGACGCUCCACUUCAAAAUGAGCCUUCGGAUGCCCCCCGACCUGAUUCAGAGGGCGUCCCCGGAACACAAUCAGAAAUUUCCCCAGUUGCACAUGUGCCAACUGACGAGCCUUCUGAGGUACCUAUCUCAGCAGAGGUUCUUCAGGCGGUUCCCCUCCCCUCCGCCCCCUCUAUUACCCCUCCAGAGAGCACCGGCACGGAAACCCCAACCGCCCCCGCUCUUGUUUCAGGCGAGCAGGACGAGGCGACUCCUGAUCACCCAAUUCCCAAGAAAGCCGAGCCUCUUACCCUGGAUCAGCGGCGCAAGAUCCGCCUGGAGCCUAUUCAAGUGCCUACCGUGGAGUUCUCGGACGACGACAACCUCCUUUCCGACGAUUCAUUCAUGGAGGAAUUGACCUCAGCUACUGUCCAAGAGGCCAGACCGGUAUCUGUGAAAUCUCCCAACGGCGCCGAUCACGCCUGGAGGAAUUCACGUGCCGUCUCGAGCCCGUUCUCUAUGGGAUCGUCAUCGGGUAUGCAAAAUCUCGCCGUUGGCCGGUCCAUUUCUAGUUCUCACGCUGAAAAUGGCCCGCCUACACCGGUACUCAUGGCCAAGAAGAUCAACGUCUCCUCUGGAAUUUCCAGUCGUAUCAAGGCUCUUGAAAAGUUUUCGAGCCGCGAAGGCACUCCCUCGGGUGCGAGUCCGGCUAUCAGUGGGCCAUCAGCCUCCUCGUCUUUCGAGAACCUUCGCAAACGCGCAUCUACCUCGGUGCCCAGUGGGAACCAUGAAAGCACACCAUCCAGUACGAUGCAUUCUGCUCACGUCCCCGACGGCUUUUCCCGUGCGCCGAGCUUGAGUCGGCACAACCGUCAGGUGUCUGUGGAUGCUACACGCCCUGCCAACUCUGUUUCCGUGACGGCCCGGAUCGUGCGCGAUGCAGAUAUCUCUCCCGGGUCUUCUGGAGUCGAGCCCUCGGAGUCCGAUGUUGUCAAACUCCAGGCUAGCCCUUUGACUGUGGAGCAUGAGACAGCUGAGGCACCACUCCCUCAGGUCUCGCCCAUUGAGCCUGCCAGCCGUUCCCAGGACCGAAGCACGUCAAUUUCAUCUACAACGUCUAGUCGCCAAGCGACGUCUCGCCCUGACAGCCAUCUCGGAAGCCGCCCCUCUCUCCCCUCGCGCUCUAGGACUGACGACAGCGUUCAAUCCGCCUCUUCCACAUCUGAAGAUAAGAAAAUAUCUCGGACCUCGCGACUCAUGCGCCGCGUGUCAUCGAUCACAUCCAACUCACGCCGGAGCAUUAUUGGAGCCCUUAGCUCACCAGUCAAGGAAGAGGAGGAUGUUCCCACCACAAAUGGGUCUAGUAAGGCUCUGGGAUCUGGUAGCUCGCGUACUUCUGAGCCCGUUGACAUUGGCGAGGUGAACGUCCAGUUCCCAGAAACUCUACUAUGGAAACGUCGGGUCAUGCGCAUCGAUGAAGAGGGAUACGUUGUUCUCACACCUAGCACCAAUGAUGCCACCACCCGGAACAUGACUAAACGCUACCAUCUCAGCGAGUUCCGCACUCCUUGUCUUCCUGAUGAAGACAUGCAGGAACUGCCCAACAGCAUCUUGCUCGAUUUCUUGGAUGGAAAUACGCUCCAAUGUGCUUGUGAAUCUAGACAGGGACAAGCUUCUGCUCUUCAGACUCUCGUCGAGGCUCACAGUGCCUACCAGCAAUAG